GCAUGAGGACCAGCGGCCGCAGCACAGAAUCUCGCUUCAGCCACAAGCUUUGCCAUUUUUGAUUUUGAUUUGAUUGUUCGCCCAGACGCACCCGGCCACCGGACGGACGGACGGUGUGAUAGUGUCUUUGUGCCGAAUCGCUGCGUCUUAGCCAAAAUAAAUAAAGUGAAAUGCAUUAAAAUCGAAUCGAAUAUUGAUUGUGUGUCGCGUCCGCUUAACAAAGUAUCAGUCACGCGGUUUUUGGACCAGAAAGCCAGCCAAAUGCAUAAGCCACUGCAGCUGUGAGAAAGUGCGCUGAGACCUGGAAUCAGAAUAUAAAUACAUAUAUACGUAUACAUGUACCUAUGCACGCUUUGAAGUUUCUUCCCCACAUGUCGUCGUCUCUACGUGCUUAAGUUGUGUGUUAAAAGCAACCACAAAUAUAUGCAUUGAUAUAAACCAAAGUAUAAUCAAAGAAUACCCCAACGGAGAAGCAAAAAAACAAAAGGAAACUGCGAAGGAAGCAAAGUCAACGAGCGCUUAACGUCCUCUUCUUUUCAUUUGUUCGUCGGCGUUUUUUUUUGUUGUACAUGCAGUGUUAGAAAGCUCCUGUGGCGACAGCGAAAAGAAACCGCGCUUAACUCCUCCACAAACACAAAAACGGCAACACAACAACAACACAUAUACACGCACAGUUGAGAGAGCGGUUUCAGGCCAAAGAGAGUACGAAUAAGACAGCGCGAGCGCGGCUCCUUGGCCUUCUUUCUGUUAGUGUGUGUGGUUGUUGUUGCUGCUGCUGCUUGUGCCGCCGCCGCCGCUGCUUUAUCGACGCAAACUGUUCAACUGUCAUGGCCGGUAAUGGAGAGGCGUCCUGGUGCUUCUCACAGAUUAAGGGCGCCUUGGACGAUGAUGUCACAGAUGCGGAUAUCAUAUCCUGCGUGGAAUUCAAUCACGAUGGCGAGCUGCUGGCCACCGGCGACAAGGGCGGUCGCGUCGUCAUCUUUCAGCGUGAUCCUGCCUCGAAAGCCGCCAAUCCGCGACGCGGCGAAUACAAUGUCUAUUCGACAUUCCAAUCGCACGAGCCCGAAUUCGAUUACCUCAAGUCGCUGGAGAUCGAGGAGAAGAUCAACAAAAUCCGAUGGCUGCAACAGAAGAAUCCCGUGCACUUUCUGCUCUCCACCAACGACAAGACGGUCAAGUUGUGGAAGGUCAGCGAGCGCGACAAGUCCUUUGAGGGCUACAACACGAAAGAGGAGAACGGUCUGAUCAGGGAUCCCCAAAAUGUAACCGCCUUACGAGUUCCUUCUGUGAAGCAGAUACCGCUUAUGGUGGAGGCCUCGCCGCGUCGCACCUUCGCCAAUGCACACACCUAUCACAUAAAUUCAAUUAGCGUUAAUUCCGAUCAAGAGACGUUCCUCUCCGCCGACGAUUUGCGCAUCAAUCUCUGGCACUUGGAGGUGGUCAAUCAGAGCUACAACAUUGUCGACAUAAAGCCAACCAACAUGGAAGAGCUCACGGAGGUGAUCACUGCAGCUGAAUUCCAUCCGACCGAGUGCAAUGUGUUUGUCUACUCGAGCUCCAAGGGCACAAUACGUUUAUGUGAUAUGCGUUCGGCGGCGUUAUGCGACCGGCACAGCAAACAGUUCGAGGAGCCCGAGAAUCCAACGAAUCGCAGCUUCUUCAGCGAGAUAAUCAGCUCCAUCAGCGAUGUUAAGCUGAGCAAUUCAGGUCGCUAUAUGAUAUCCAGGGAUUAUCUGAGCAUCAAGGUGUGGGACUUGCAUAUGGAAACGAAGCCGAUUGAGACCUAUCCGGUGCACGAAUACCUGCGCGCUAAGCUGUGCUCGCUGUAUGAGAACGAUUGCAUUUUCGACAAGUUCGAGUGCUGUUGGAACGGCAAGGAUAGCUCGAUCAUGACUGGCAGCUACAAUAACUUUUUCCGUGUCUUUGAUCGCAACUCGAAAAAGGAUGUCACGCUGGAGGCCUCCAGGGACAUCAUUAAGCCCAAGACGGUGCUAAAGCCGCGAAAAGUUUGCACUGGCGGCAAACGGAAGAAGGAUGAGAUCAGCGUGGACUGUCUCGACUUUAAUAAGAAAAUUCUUCACACCGCCUGGCAUCCGGAAGAGAAUAUCAUUGCUGUGGCUGCGACCAACAAUCUAUUCAUAUUUCAGGAUAAAUUUUAGCCAACACCCUAUGAACCAGAAUACACCAGAAUCACACACCCACAACAACAGCAGCAACAACAACAACAACAAACACGCCUGAGCCUCAGCCACAGCAGCCACAGCAGGAGCCAUUGCCCUGGCAGCAGUCGCCUCAUUUUAAUUCUAAUGUUAAUUCGAUUGUUUUCCCAUUCAAUUCAAAUGAUUUGUUGUUUGUUAAAUUAUACCUCUCUCAGGCCCCCCCAAACCAUCCAUACCUGUACCCCAACAAAAUCUUAAAACAAAACAUAAUGCCAUAGCAAAUGAUUUGUAAAAUGUUUGCGCAUUGUUCAGGCGCCCGCAAGAAAUGUGGAACAAAAAGAAAACUUAAGAGAAAUGAUGAAGUGAGAGAGAGAGAGUGCGAGAGAUAAGGAAAGAAACGGAAACAAAUUUUUUAUACAUAACAUUUAUAAAUAAAUAGCGUAAAGUUGAUUUCUUGUAGCGCAAUUUAAAAGGCAACAAUAAGAGGUACCACUACCGUUUCAUGAUUACUGAUAAAAGAACAGAUGAUUUUCCCGAAAAUUAUGUAUAAUUAGAGAAGCCAGCGCCCAAGUAUUUGUAAUAAAAAUUAUUAAUAAUAAUAUACAACAAAAACAUAAACAAUAACAAAAACAAUGA